AUGGCUCCGUGCCCCAGCCUGCCCGGUGGACCCGGCACAGUGGCCGCCUCAGCCCGGCUACCCCAGGAGGCCAGUGGGCACCCUGGGGACGCCACGUUGCUAGGACACGCCCAGUGUUGCAGGAGUCACUGGCUGGGUCCCCUUGAGGAGCCACACUUGGCAGCGGGCCGCACUGCCACCCCCUGGAACUGGACCCUAGAUCCCUCCGGGGACUGGUACUACAGGUGGAUCAACCUCAUGGCACUGCCCAUCCUCUACAACUGGGUCGUCCUUAUCCUCAGGUGCUGCUUCCCCGAGGUGCAGGAGGCACACAAAGGGCUAUGGCAGGGCCUGGACGGGCUCAGCGACACGCUGUACCUGCUGGACAUCGCCGUGCAGCUCCACACAGGUUUCCUAGAGGACGGGAUCCUGGUGCAGGACAAAAGUCGGACGCAGCGGCGCUAUCUGGGUUCCUGGACCUUCCGCUGUGAUGUGAUGGCCGUGCUCCCCACUGAGCUGCUCUGUCUGCUCCCAGGGGUCCCAAGGGUCCCAGGGGUGCCAGCAGCACGUGUCAACCGCUGCCUACGGGUGCCGCGACUCUUCGAGGCCUUUGACCGGUGUGAGACACGCACAGGUUGGCCCAACGUGUUCCGCGUGGCCAAGCUGAUGUUGUACCUGCUGCUGGGCAUCCACUGGCAUGGCUGCCUCUACUUCGCACUGUCAGCACACCUGGGGCUGGGCACUGACCCCUGGGUCUGCCCCAGCUUCCCCCAACUCUUGCGUCGCUACCUGCACAGCUUCUAUUUCUCCACACUGGUCCUGGCCACAGUGGGUGACACGCCGGCACCGCAGCGUGAGGAGGAGUUCCUCUUCAUCACUGCCGGCUUCCUCCUGGCCGUGCUGGGCUUCGCCACCAUCACUGGCAACAUCAGCACCGUCAUCGUCAAUCUCAGCGCAGCCGAUGCCGCCUUCUACCCCGAUGCGCGGCCGGUGCAGCGGUACCUGCGGGCGCGGGGCACGGGCGGGCAGCUGGCAGAGCGUGUGACGCGCUGGCACCGGCACCUGCGGGCACAGCGCAAGCUGCCGGUGGAGCAGGCGGUGCUGCGGUACCUGCCGCGGGGGCUGCGGGCCGAGGUGGCCGCCGGCGUGCACCUGCCGGCUCUGCGGCGCGUCGGGCUGUUCCGCGGCUGCGAGCACGGGGUGCUGCGGCAGCUGGUGCUGCACCUGCGCCCGCAGGUCUUCGGCCCUGGUGAGUUUGUGUGCCGGCGCGGCGACGUGGGCCGCGAGAUGUACUUCAUCCGCGAGGGCCACCUGGCCGUGGUGGCCGAGGACGGUGUCACGCAGCUGGCUGUGCUGGGCGAGGGGCUCUACUUCGGGGAGAUCAGCCUCAUCAACAUCAAGGGGAACACGGCGGGGAACCGGCGCACAGCCAACAUCCUGAGCAUCGGGUACUCAGACCUAUUCUGCCUGGGCAAGGAGGACCUGGAGGAGGUGCUGGCCGAGUUUCCCCGUGCCCGUGCUGCCAUGGAGGCCAAGGGUCGGGAGCUGCUGCUGCGCAUGGGCAAGCUCAACACCGGAGCUGAGGCAGCGGCAGCRGCGGCCGAGGCUGAGGCUGAGCAGCGGCUGCAAGGGCUUGAGAUGGCCCUGGAGGGGCUGCAGACACGGGCAGCCCGACUGCUGGCACAGCUGGAGGCCAGCACCCUGCGCAUGGCCCUGCGCAUCCAGCGCCUCGAGGGGCGGCUGCACCUGCAGCACCAGCGAUGGGACAGAGCAGCCGGGACAGCUGGGGCAGCCGGGACAGCUGGGGCAGCAGGAGCAAGCCCCAGGCUCCCCCCGCCGCCGCCACCGCCCCCCGCCCCUGGCCCGCCCCGCGCCGGGCGCCGCCUCCGCUUAUCCACCGGCGGCUCCGAGCGGAGCGGAGCCUCGUCCCUCCCGGAGCCUCCCGGUGCCUGA